GAGGAUGCGGCCCGACAAGGGGGCCUCUUCGUCCUCCUCUUCAUCCUCCUCCUCCUCCUGUCCUUCGCCAUCUUCCUCCUCCUCCUCCUCCUGCUUCGUCCGCCGGUGCCCCCGCCCGCCGCCCCGCCCCAACGGUUGCCUCGCCAACGGGGACCUGCCCAACGGUUACCGCAGCGACGGCGCCCGCACACAGGUUCAUCAUGUUACCCCAAAUGGAGGACUGUACAAAAGACCUUUUAACGAAGCCUUCGAAGAAACCCCAAUGCUGGUUGCCGUACUGACAUACGUAGGGUACGGUGUACUCACGCUCUUUGGAUACCUCCGAGAUUUCUUGAGACACUGGAGGAUUGAAAAGUGUCACCAUGCAACAGAAAGAGAAGAACAAAAGGACUUUGUGUCGCUAUAUCAGGACUUUGAGAACUUCUACACAAGGAACCUCUACAUGCGAAUUCGAGAUAACUGGAACCGCCCGAUUUGUAGUGUGCCCGGGGCCAAGGUGGACAUCAUGGAGAGACAUUCCCAAGACUACAACUGGUCAUUCAAGUACACGGGGAAUAUCAUUAAAGAUGUUAUCAACAUGGGUUCCUAUAAUUACCUUGGAUUUGCACAGAAUACUGGAAUGUGUGAAGAAGCAGCAGCUAAAGUACUACAGGAGUACGGAGUGGGUGUCUGCAGUACCAGGCAAGAGAUAGGAAACCUGGACAAGCAUGAAGAGCUCGAAAAGCUGGUGGCCAGAUUCUUGGGAGUGGAGGCCGCCAUGGCCUACGGAAUGGGGUUUGCGACCAACUCGAUGAACAUUCCUGCUAUUGUCGGCAAGGGCUGCCUAAUCCUGAGCGAUGAACUGAACCACGCGUCACUGGUGCUGGGAGCCAGGCUAUCCGGAGCAACCAUCAGAAUCUUCAAACACAACAAUAUGCAGAGCUUGGAGAAGCUGUUGAAAGAUGCCAUUGUCCACGGGCAGCCUCGGACACGCAGGCCCUGGAAGAAAAUCCUCAUCCUGGUAGAAGGAAUAUACAGCAUGGAGGGAUCCAUUGUUCGUCUCCCUGAAGUGAUUGCCCUUAAGAAGAAAUACAAGACUUACCUGUAUCUAGAUGAAGCUCAUAGCAUUGGGGCCCUCGGCCCCACAGGUCGGGGUGUGGUGGAAUAUUUCGGCCUGGAUCCCGAGGAUGUGGAUGUUAUGAUGGGGACGUUCACGAAGAGCUUUGGAGCUGCUGGAGGAUACAUUGGAGGCAGGAAGGAGCUGAUAGACUAUCUCCGAACACAUUCUCACAGUGCAGUGUAUGCCACAUCACUGUCACCACCUGUUGUGGAGCAAAUCAUCACCUCUAUGAAGUGCAUCAUGGGCGAAGACGGCACAAACUUCGGCAAGGAGUGCGUGCAACAGUUAGCCGAGAACACCAGGUAUUUCAGGAGGCGACUGAAAGAGAUGGGCUUCAUCAUCUAUGGCAAUGAAGAUUCCCCCGUGGUGCCUUUGAUGCUGUAUAUGCCUGCUAAAAUCGGCGCUUUUGGGCGGGAGAUGUUGAAGCGGAACAUCGGCGUGGUAGUGGUGGGAUUUCCUGCGACCCCAAUUAUUGAAUCCCGAGCCAGGUUUUGCUUGUCGGCCGCUCAUACCAAAGAAAUGCUAGACACUGCUCUGAAGGAAAUAGAUGAAGUUGGGGACUUGCUGCAGCUCAAGUAUUCCCGUCACCGGAUGGUGCCUCUGCUGGACCGGCCCUUUGACGAGACGACGUACGAAGAGACCGAAGACUGAGCCCCAUCGGUGCCCUUCGGCGGGGCAGAGGGCUCCCUCCCUCCCGCUCUCCCUCCCUCCCUCCCGCACCGAGGACAGCGGGCGGCCUUUCCCGGCGGGCCCAGGUCGGAAAUCCAUCCUUCCGCGGCUGCUCGGUGAAAAGACGCUUCCUCUCCAUCCCCAAGUGAGCCGCGGCCGCCCGAAAACGGCAUUCUGUAAAUAGCGAGAACGGCUUCGCGUCCUUCCUUUGGCACAGCUCACCUUUUAAAAAGAGUUGACUUGCGUUUGUGGUUCUCCCCCUGCCCCCUUCC